UAUAAUCUUUCACACUCUCACAGUAUUCUCUCUUCAUCGAUGGCUUCUUUUGCUCUGAAACCCAUUUUUUGUUUCAUUGCUGUUUUUUGCUUCAUUGUCCACAAUGUUGAAGCUAGAGAAGGUAAGCUCUUCUUUAGCAAGUUCACUCACAUAGAUCGGCCUAACAACAAAGAGGUGGCUCUAUCUCCAGCUCCAGCUCCCGGACUAGCUCAAGCUAAUGGAAGACUCGGAGAUGGGUCUUUCGGGCCGGGUUCGGGUAUGAUUCCUCAAACCAAAGAGUCAUGGCCGGUUUCAUCUACCACCACAGACGAAGACUUUGAGAAAUUGAUGGCUACAUUUGACGAAGAAAAGAAUACUCAGUUACCUGAGGCAUUCGAGGAAGAAGAAGAGUCCGAAGAUUCGGAAGAUCUCAAUGAGCAAAAGGAUAAGUAUAACAACAACAAUAAUGGAAACACUUACACUACUAAUAACAACUAUAAUGACAAUGGGAGAGGUUACGGUAAUGACGAAGAGAAGCAAGGGAUGAGUGAUACAAGGUUUAUGGAGAACGGUAAGUAUUUCUACGACACAAGAGGUAGGAAUUCAGAAAACACCCCUAGUGGUGGGUAUGAGAAUGCUCGAGGAAAUGAUCAUCCCAACGAGUUUGAAACUAUGGAAGAAUACUACAAGAGCUUGGAGGGUAGUCAACAAGAGUAUGAGCCUUAGAAAGAAAUGGUAUUUGAGAAAACAAAACACCUUUUGGAGUAAUUGUGCAAUCUUCAUUUACUUGUCUUUUAUGAAAAGUGAAACGAAAAAACACUUUAAGUUAUACAAAUCAAAGCUGAGUUAUAUU